CCUCACUGCCCAAAUCAAGGACAGAACUACGAGCUAAGCAUUGCUUCAGGAAAAAAAAGGCCGUCGGGAUGAUAACAGAGGGCGCAUAUAAGAGACAUGCGGACGUUGGGCGCCGCCAGAUGAUCAUCGCCCCGGGCCUCCAGACAAAACACGAGGCGAAAGAAGUGAGGCGGCCCUACUGUGCUGGGGUUUGUUGGCAGUGCUGCCCAAACCUCAUGCCCACCCUAAACAUUCUCCGGUGGGCUCAGGUCUUCGUGCUUCCAAAGUCUUUCUGGCUUCGACUGAAUUCUGGCCUUUCUGUCCGCUCGUCCCCUCGCGGAUAUAAGAUCGUCUCUGUUUCCAGACUCCUCGCAUUGUGUCCUUCAGAGUAGCGCAUAGCAAAUCAUAUCAAUGCCAGCCAGCCAGCUCCAUCUAGUUCAGCCAUCACCAUCAUAGUUCCAUACCAUACCCAGUUCCUCUGCUGCGCUUCGCAUAUUUCACAUCUUCAUUAAUCGAUACUCAAAUAUGUCCUCCCCAAAUUCCUACUUCAUCCCCGGCUACGGCAUCUCAAGAGCCGUUAUGCAAAACGAUAUACAUUAUUAUUGCGGUCCAGACGCAAUAGUACGUCCUUACACACAUCACGGCCGCGAUGGCUUCCUAGUAACCACCGUCGGUCCCGCCCUGACACAGGUAAGCUACCUAUUCCAGCUCUCCAUCCGUCUCUAUACCUUCGCUGUAAAACCCCUUCAUCCUUCAUCGUCCGCAUUCCUCCCCCCUUAUACGUUCACAAAACACAACUUUCCCCAUACCAUCUCCUGUAUCAUCUCUUUCCCGCAUACUUUUCCUUAUGUUCCCCGGAAUCUAUACGUACUCCACAUAAAACCUCCUCAACCAUCUUGCACAAUCCCAACUCGUUUUUAAAGGCACAAAUCGAAGACCUCAAAACCGCAUCACGAGACUACGAGGAAAAGCAAUCCCGAAUAUCCGGAAACCAACCUGUUGUUGUCAUGAAUAAUCAUCGGCGGCGGUAUUAAUCACACACUCGCACCCCCCCCCUCGCCAAAAAGUCUUCUUUUAUUCGAUUCUUGUGAUAUUGAAGGACGAGGGUUUUUAUCUUCUCUCUCUACUUUCUCCGUAUGUUAUCGAUGCCGUGGUUGGUCAUAACAUACGUUUUUCCCCCUCUCCUCUUCACGAAUCUCCUCUCGUAUCCUCUUUCCAUCUUCUUCUAUUCCCCUAAAUUCAUCAUGAUGUUUUUGUGUCACAUUUCGGUUGUCUUGCGUUUCCAGAGCCUACCGUCUACACAUCGCUAGCACAGAUCUGCUUGUUUCCCAUGUCCUUUAUUUUUUUUUUCUCUUCUCUUUAGGCCCUGUUGCAUAUGAAAUGCAUGCAUGCUUUCAGGCGUGCCGGCGCACUGCCUACCAGAGGAGCCAACUAUUCUCGUUGUUCUUGUUAUCAAGGGCAAAGGGCGUUAAACGCACACGACACUGCUAUUGCCGUUGCUUACGCUUAUACGCUUAUGCCGUUAUCUUGCCCGCUCAUACCCUUCAUUCUCGUUCCUGUUCCGCUAUUGUAUAUAACCGCACCUAAAUCCAAAUCUAUCAAUCCAUCUGUAUUAAAGAAACUCCCCUAAAGAAACUCCCCCGCUUUUUUAUUGAUCUUUUCUUACUAGCUAAACAAGGUAUCGCGACUUGUACUCUACUCCUCUGGGAGCAAAGGGAAGAUAGUUAGAUAGGACACAGGUGCGAGGAGGAAAGUAUUCUCAUAUACCUAGGUAUAUAUAGGUUUAGCUCUGCUAAACAUCAGAGAAAUCCCACCCCCUUAAACUACCCACCAAAACAAAAAAACAUGCAAGAUAAAAGAAAGAAAAAAAGAAGUUUUUUCUUGUUUAGACACCCCAAGAUAUCCAUAUCCCGAUCCCUUCCUAACCAACGCUUACAAAACUACUACUACUGCGGCGGCGACACCCCACCUCCUACCUCCUAUCCAAGUUCCAUCAAACAAAACUGCAAGUCAAGAAAAUUUUUAUCAAUUAAUGAACGUAAGAGGUAUAUGCUAUACCCAGUACACCCACAAAAUAAAAAAACCCGGAUUCAUCAUUGGUAUGUAGAUUUAUAGUAGGAUUUGUUAGGAGGUGAAGUGAGCUCACUCGCGCAAAGGGGGUAUAUAUUCAAAAGGGAGCGAAAGAGGGAGUGUAU